AUGGAGCGGCCUGAAGAAGUGCGGAAGGAGCGCGUUGUUGGGUUUGUUGAACAAGCCGAUCGCGCUGCCGUGGAGUCAGGGCAAGGAGACGAUGAAUCUCGACCCAAGAUAUUGAACUUCAAGAAACCGGAAGAGCUCAAAGCAGUAUUUGAACAAGAUUUGACAGCUUCGGGUCAAGGACAUGAUGGUCUCGUUCGAAUUGUAAAUAACCUUCUAAAGUAUUCUGUCAAUACCUGGCAGCAGGGAUUUCUUGACAAGUUAUACUCAACCCCUAACGCCCCUGGCCUAGCGGCAGAGUUGCUUCUCGGGACAUUGAAUGCCAACGUGCACGUCUAUCAGUCAGCUCCGGCGUUAACGGUUAUCGAAAAGUUAACUACACGGCGGCUGGCCGAACUUUUUGGCCUAACUGGACCUAAUGCUGGCGGAAUAUCUGUGCAGGGGGGUUCUGCCUCGAACACUACGGCAAUUGUUGUAGCAAGGAACACUUUAUUCCCUGAAACCAAGAAGGAGGGAACUGGCGACCAUCGAUUUGUCCUAUUUACGAGCGCCCAUGGCCAUUACAGCAUUGAGAAGGCGGCACAGAUGAUUGGUCUAGGAAGCAAUGCAGUUUGGAGUGUGCCGGUCGACAACGAAGGACGAAUGAUUCCACAAAUGCUCGAAGAAGAGAUCCAGAAGGCAAAGGAUGCGGGUAAAACUCCACUUUUCGUCAAUGCCACUGCUGGAACAACCGUUCUAGGAACAUUUGAUCCUUUCACAGAAAUUGCAGAGAUUUGCCGCAAGCAUAAAAUCUGGUUCCAUAUCGACGGAGCCUGGGGUGGUGCUUUCAUCUUCUCUAACCGUCAGAAACACAAGCUCGAAGGCUCACACCUGGCUGAUAGCAUUGCCAUAAACCCUCAUAAGAUGCUUGGAGUACCAUUGACCUGCUCUUUUCUCCUGGGUGCGGAUAUGACUCAAUUUCACAGCUCAAACACCCUUCCAGCAGGGUACCUGUUCCAUAACGAUGUGUCUGCAGGCUCCGAGGUAUGGGACCUGGGUGAUUUGACCUUGCAAUGCGGACGCCGAGGCGACGCCCUGAAGAUGUUCCUCAACUGGAAUUAUCUUGGCUCAGCAGGUUAUGAGGAGCGAAUUGACUCCGCUAGUGACGUUGCUGUGCACCUCUGCAAUCUCAUCUCAGAAUCCCCGGAUCUAAUUCUACUCAGCACGAACCCGCCACCAUGUUUCCAAAUAUGCUUCUUCUACGCGCCUUUCAAACAGAUGGUUUACCAUACCGAUAAAUUGGUAGACGGCCGCAAACCUGAUGAAGCCGAGCGAGGGAAGCUCAAUGGGGAGAUCACUGAAAUCAUCGCCCAGGACUUGAUCCAGCAGGGGUUCAUGGUCGAUUAUGCACCACCUGCCGCGGCUCAAGUGGAAGGCGAUGGUCAAUACCUCAGAUGUGUUGUGAACCUUCGAACUACGAAAGAGACAGUAGAACGCCUUGUUACUGUAGUCUUAGAGCUAGGUGCCAAAGCAGUCAGGCAGCAACGUGGUCUAGAGUUGAACUCGACUUUUGCGAACCCCAACCAGGCUCCAGCGCCUGGUCAACGGCCAAAAAACCCUCUAGAAAUGGGUCACGGCCCCCAAGCAACUGCUGCAUCAGAUUUCGUUCUUUGA